AUGACCAACAAAACUAGUAGAAAAGUAAGAAACAAAUCUCUAAAGACUGAGCCAAAACUUUCGACGAAGCCUUUCAAAAAUAAAACAAAAAAUCUCAAGAAAGAACAGGUGAAGGUCUCAAAGAUUUUACCAAUUGUUAAUGAUAUUAAUGAAGAUGAAAUCGAAUUGUCCGAACAAGAUGUAGAAUUUUUCAAAGAACACGAUCAAUUUACGAAAUUUUUAAAAGAUAUUGAUAAAGUUGCAUUACACAAGAACGAAAUCAUCAAUAUCAAAAAAUCAUCUGUUAAAGCCGUGAAAAAUGAUAAAACUGAUCAAGAUUCUUUACCGUCGUUGACUUCUUCCGAUGAGGAAGGUGAUGAUGAAAUGAUAAUAGUAGGAGAUUUGAAUCAAGAGAAAAUGUAUAUUUCUUCAGAUUCGGAUAUAGAACAAGAAUAUGAAAGGACUCCACGUCUUAAUAAAUCUUGGAUACAUAAAGAAUCAACAAAGCUUCCAAUUAAGUUGCCCGACGGAAAAAUAAAACAAAAAGAAGUCGUAAUAUGUGAAGAAGAGAGAACCCUUUCUAUGAACGUUGAUAAAAACGAACCUUCCAUUAACGACAUUGACGAACCGAACGACCUUGAUACUAAUGAUAAAAAGUCACAGGUCUCAGAACCUAUGUUAAGCAUAAAUAUUCCACUUAAAGAAUAUAUUAAUCAAAAGAAGGAACAAUUGGCGGAAAUAGCUCAACGUAUAGUCGAAGAUCCGGAGAAUAAUAUCGGACAACUAAAAGACUUACGUGAAAUUGCUACUGAUAAGAAUUUAACUGUAAAAAAGUUGGCAAUAUUAUCUCAGUUUGUGGUAUAUAAAGAUAUAAUACCCGGGUACCGGAUACGACAAUUGACAGACAGAGAAAGACCGGCACAGGUUUCCAAAGAAGUUAAGAAAAUAAGAAAUUAUGAACAGGGCUUGUUGAGUAAUUAUCAAGCUUAUUUGAAGUUUCUCGAAAGCGAAUUAAGAGGUUCGAGACAAAAAGAACCUUUAACUAAAGAGGAAGAGAAAUCCGUUGCAGAUGAAGCGUUACAAUGCAUGUGUGGCCUUUUAACUUCUGUUACUCAUUUCAACUUUCGGUUGAAUUUGAUGACGGCAAUUGUUACGAGAAUGAGUACUCGCAAAUUUACAAAGAUGACGGCCAUGUGUUGUGAUGCUAUAAUUGAAGUAUUUAAGAAUGAUGAAUCUGGUGAAGCAAGCUUAGAUGCUGUAAAAUUAAUCACAAUGAUGAUUAAGUCUAAAAGUUAUGUGGUUCAUGAAGAGGUUCUUAAUACUUUUUUACACCUUCGAUUAAGAGACGAGCUUAAUAUAAAAAAAUUACAUGAAGAUGAAGCUCAUUCCAAUAAAAAAAGAAAAUGGAAAAAAGAGCCUAAAAAACAUUUGUCAAGAAAAAUGAGAAAGUUGGAAAAGGAAAGAAAAGAGAUUGAAAACGAGAUGAAGGAAGCCGAGGCCGUUGUGGAUUAUGAAGAAAAAGAGAAAAGACAUACAGAAACGUUGAAAUUGGUGUUUAUAACGUAUUUUCGUAUUUUAAAACAUGCCAAUAAAUCACCACUACUUCUUUCUGUAUUGGAAGGGUUGUCCAAGUUCGCCCAUCUUAUCAACGUUGAUUUCUUUAACGAUUUGUUAGAAUUGCUGAAAAGGAUUAUGGCUGAUGAAAUCAAGGUGGAGGACUCAGAUCCGGAAGACAGUAAUACCAAAAGUUCUAUAUCUCGAAUUAAUACACGAAAAGGUUUAUUAUGUAUAAUAACUGCAUUUCAGUUGCUUUCCGGUCAAGGGGAAGCUCUCAAUAUCGACCUGAAAGAUUUUUAUACACAAAUGUAUACAAUUAUAAUGCCCCUUGCUUUGAAUCCAUACAUGGAAAAAAGUGAACUUGAACAAUUAAAAGCUGAUGAGGGUAAAGUUAGCAAUGCUACAUAUAUAGCAACCGAACAAGAGUUGCUAAUGAAAGGAAUUGAUUUUAUACUUUUCAAGCGAAAACAGAUUCCAACUGAUAGAUCGGCCGCAUUUUUGAAACGAUUAUCAAUUGCUUGUAUGAAUUGGCCAAGUAAAACAGUUCUGAAAUGUUUAACCACGAUGAAAAAAAUGAUUCAGAGACAAUCACGAUUAGAUGCACUAUUAUCAUCAGAUGAUAGAGCUGUUAAUGGAAUUUAUCGACCUGACUUAAAUGACCCCGAAUUAUGUAAUCCUUUUGCAACAAGUUUAUGGGAAUUGAAUUUAUUACAGAAACAUUAUGAUCCCAAAAUUCGGACUGCAGCAGUUCAAUUAGCAACUUUUGAAUCAAAUGUUGUAAAAUCAGUUAAUUAA